AUGCAACUAAAACAAAUUAAUAUUGAAGUUAUAACACAAGAGGAUUUGAAAGAUCAGUUUUGUCAAGAUUUAGGAAAACAAUUUGCAUUAAAAAUAUGGAAAUCUCGAAUUGAAUUAACUUUAAAUAAGAAUCAAUUACAGAAUCCACAAUCCAUAGGUGAAUACGUAUCCAGUUUUCCUUCAUGGUUGGUAAAUUUUUUUUAUGCAUUUUUAACUGGUAUCUAUGAAAAAAAAAUGGCUAUUGUAAAUCAAAGACGAAAAGCAAGAAAUAUAUCAAUAAAAGCUAAUGAUCCAGUUCAAAUUACCAAAAUUGUUUCAUUAUUCUUAUCCAUUUUGAUUAGCAUUACCUUUCCUUCACUUCAAAUCUGGUUUUCUACAAUAAUUGCCAGCCUUACACGAAAACCAAAAAUGGCGGGUGAUUUAACAAAUCUUCUUGCUGUCUUAAAAGUUUUAUCUCACUGUAAGGAACAUGAACGAAGAUUAGAAAAAGAGAGAAUGAAUAAAGUAGAUCCAACAAAGCGUUUAAAAAAAAAUUCUUACUUUUGGAAUCUAGCCGUAAUAGACAAUAUAGACUUUAAGGAAAAAACUUUUUCCUAUGGCAAUAUAUUUGACAUUACACGUGGCACAUCACAUGCAACUCUUCGAAUGAAAAUAUUAGAUCUUUAUGAUGAAAUAUUAGAUGAAUGUUUAGGAUUUUAUUAUUCUAAUAAUGAUCAUGAAAACUUACAAUUUGAGACAAAUUUUGAUAUUUCUACAGUACAUAAAAAACUUAUUGAAAGAAUGGAUCGAGGAUGUUUUGGAGACCUACAGCAUGUAGUAAUUUUGGAAGCGGGUGGUAUUCCAAAUACAAAUGAGGGAAUCUUUAAUGCAGCAAAAAUGUAUAAAAAUGAUUUUUCGUUAAGUUCUGAUGAAUAUUUGGAUAUCGUUGCUGAUGAAUCUAUAUUUCGGCGGUUAAUAAAUUUACGAAAAGAGUGGCCAAACCUUCGACCUAUUCUUGGUUCAUGGCAUACUAACAAAGAUAUGGCAUCAGCUCUUAUUAGUAUAUUCUCAAGCUACGGAAUUUUUGAUUUAGCUGCUGCAGUUGGAGUCAAAUAUAUAGACAAAUUGGAGAAGGUUGUUGACUAUCGGGCUACAGUCCGGAUUAUAGAAUUAAUUUGGGUUUCAGUUGGUAUAGCUUUACGAAUACAUUUAAAGUCAAAAAAUAUGCAUAAAUAUGAUAUUAUGGAUGACAAAUAUGAAGAAUACCAAAUACUUAAAAUCUGGUAUUUAUUUUAUAAUUGGGCGGGUUUAUUUAUUGCACAUAGAAUUGGUAUUCGAAUAGGAAAUUUUAAUAUUCAAAAGAAUACUUUAGCUGCUUUUAGUCCCCUGCUUCCUUCAGCUGGAAAAUCUAAUUAUGCUCAAUCGGUUUCACAUUUCUUUGGAAUUCUUGAACAAUACCCCAAAUUAGAGGAAAAAUUGCAAGUUGCAGGGUCUUUUAAAGUAUCAGAAGAUAGAUUUGGACAUUUUAUGGCAUUUGACGAAGCUCUAGAAACAUUCGGAGUAAAAUUUAUUAAGCAGAAUGUUACAGGUAAUGUUAUAGAUCAGGAAAACCUUAAGCGACAAGUGAAAGCAUCUCAGUCAGAGUAUGAACGAAUAGAAUUAUUUUUGAAUGAAUAUUUGCAUAACAAUACCUCUACUAAUCAUGAACGAUCAACAAAUUUAAGAAAAGAUGAAAUGUGGAGUUUGGUGGAGAAAUUGUUGAUAGCUUUUGAUACCAAAGAUUUCAAUCAUUAUAAUCAAACACAUGAUCUUUUCCAUACUUCAUAUCCAAAAGAGAUUCAUGCUGAUGGAAUAAGACGAUUAAAGGAAUGCUAUAAGCGGGGACUUCACCGUAUACAUCUCAUAUAUGCACAAGAAGUGUUAAAAAAAGAAAAAAUUGAUACUACAGGACGAAGGGUAAAAGAAGUAUUAGUUACCAAAUGUAAAGAUAUUGAAAAACCUCCCAGAAAAAGAAAAAACACAAAUAUUUUAGAUAACCAACCUGGAUCAUCUGAUGAACCACCUAAGAAGCGAGUACGUCGAAUUCCAUCAAAAGAAGCUGUUGAAAUACUUGCCCCGAUGGUGGCCCAUUCUUUACCACCUACUAAAGAAGAAGUACAACGAUAUCUUGCUGCACUUGAAGGUAUAUCUUCAUCUUCAGAUAUUUGGGACGCAGCUCGAUUAACUCAGUAUUAUAAAAAUCGACAUAAAAAAGCUAAAUAA